AUGAUGAAUUCUAAUCAGGAGGAAGUUACUUUGGGCACUUUUCUCCAGUAUAUUGAAGAUAUGGGCAUGAAGGCCUACGAUGGCUUGGUGAUACAGAAUGCGUCCGACAUUGCGCGAGAGAACGAUCGCAUGAGGAAUGAAACAAACCUGGCAUACUUGAAAGAAAAGAACGAAAAGCGCCGGAAACAAGAAGAAGCAAUAAAACGCUUAGGUGGCGAAGUGGUGCGAGGAAAUGAAGGAGGCUAUGUGGGGAAACAUUUUCGCAUGGGAUUUAUGACGAUGCCCGCUCCUCAGGACAGGCUACCGCACCCGUGUUCUAGUGGCUUCACCGUGAGAUCCCAGUCACUUCAUUCUGUCGGAGGUACUGAUGAUGAAAGCGGCAGCAGCUGCUCUCGCAAGCAACCGCCGCCGAAACCCAAACGUGACCCCAAUACCAAGCUAAGCACAUCCUCUGAAACUGUAAAUGCUGGAACAACGAGUAAGAGUGGAAAGUUACCAGACAGGACUGAAGUGUCAUCCAAACCAAGGCCUCACAGUGAUGAAUACACAAAGAAGAUUCCACCCCCCAAGCCGAAACGGAAUCCAAACACUCAGCUAAGUGCAUCUUUUGAUGAGACGUACAUCAAAAAGCAUGGCCCCCCCAAAUCAGCUCUAAGUCGGGAUGCCUCCUUGUCACAGGUCAGCAGUCCUGCUCCAGACACAGAGGAAGAAGAACCUGUUUAUAUCGAAAUGGUUGGGAAUAUAUUAAAAGAUUUCAAAAAAGAUGAGGAGGACCAAAGUGAGGCAGUAUAUGAGGAAAUGAAGUACCCCAUCUUUGAUGAUGGAGGCCAAGAUUCGAAAUGUCCAUGUGAGUAUGACCAUCACAGCUGUUCUUCUCAGUGUGCUACUCCCACAGUGCCUGACCUUGAAUUCUCCAAGUCCUCAGUGCCAUCCACUCCCAAGGGUGUGCUUUGUGAUAUCCCCCCGCCAUUUCCAAAUUUGCUUUCUCAUAGACCUCCACUCCUGGUUUUUCCACCUGCACCAGUGCAAUGCUCCCCAAAUUCUGAUGAAUCUCCUCUAACACCUCUGGAAGUCACCAAGCUUCCUGUGUUAGAAAAUGUGUCUUAUAUCAAACAGCAAGCUGGAGCUUCUCCAUCUUCACUGCCACCUCAUACUCUAAGUCAUCAAAAACUGGAGAAAGACCAGUCAAUAUCUCAUGGAACUAGUACUCCAGGGCACUCCUCUUCACCUCCUCAUCCUUCUACCUUAUACAGAACACAGUCUCCACAUGGCUAUCCUAAAAGCCACUCUGCCUCUCCCUCUCCUGUGAGUAUGGGUCGGUCACUAACCCCCUUAAGUCUCAAAAGACCUCCUCCUUAUGACUCUGUACAUUCAGGAAGUCUCUCAAGAAGUUCUCCAUCAGUGCCUCAUUCUACAGCCAGAAACAUAUUGCAAGAAGGGGGAAAAAUGACCAGUCCUCUAGAGGAAUUAACUAGCCUUUUUACCUCAGGACGAAGUUUACUGAGGAAAUCCUCCAGUGGAAGAAGAUCUAAAGAGCCUGCAGAGA